AUGAUCGUGCUCGCCCUGCUCGCGCUCAAUCUCGCCACCGUCCUUGCUGUCAAUCCGACGGUGCCCCUGGGCUACUCGACCUAUCAAGGAACUCCCUACGCGAAUGGUAUCACCGAAUGGCUGGGCCUUCGUUACGCCGCCCCUCCCACUGGUGACCUCCGCUUUGCUGCUCCCCGCGAUCCGUACACCGUAUCCGGCGUGACCCUCGCUAAUCAACAUGGCCCGCUUUGCAUAGCCACGGGGGCUUCGCCCUCGGUCACCACGACGUCAGAGGACUGCCUGUUCUUGGACGUCUACGCCCCAAGCAAUGCCACUCAAGACUCCAAGCUGCCAGUCUACUUCUACAUUCAGGGCGGCGGCUUCAACGGAAACACUAACGCAAACUAUAACGGCAAAGGGCUGAUACAGGCCUCUGGCAUGAACAUCGUCGUGGUGAAUUUUAACUACAGAGUCGGCCCUUAUGGAUUCCUUGCGGGAAAAGAGGUUGCCAAGGGCGGCAGUCUUAAUAAUGGCCUGAAAGACCAAAUCAAAGCGCUCCAAUGGGUUCAGAAGUACAUUAGUCAGUUCGGCGGCGAUCCGGAUCACGUUGUUGUUGGCGGCACCAGUGCCGGAGCUGCCGCGGUCACCUUGCUCCUGACGGCGUACGGCGGGCGCGACGACGGCUUGUUCCAUGCGACCGCGGCCGAGAGCCAGUCGUUCGGCUCCAUCUACACCUUCUCGGAAAGCCAGUUCAUGUACGACAACCUUGUUAUCCGGACCGGUUGCGCCAGCUACGUCGACACCCUUGCCUGCCUGCGUAGCCUGCCCGUCGCAGCCCUGCAGGCCGAAAACAUCCAAACCCCCCUGCCUGGGGCCCAGAACCCGCCACUGUACAUGUAUAGCACAACUAUCGACUAUGACCUUGUGCCUGACUAUACGUACAAACUCUUUGCCGAGGGCCGUUUCAUCCGUGUGCCAACUAUUUUCGGCGACGACACCAACGAAGGCACCGUCUUCACACCGAAGAACACGUCGACCAUUGGCGACUCGAACACCUUCCUAAAAGAUCAAUUCCCCGCAUUGACCCUCGAGCAGCUGCGCCGCAUCAACGAGCUCUACCCUGUAGAUGGCACGCCCACCUUCCCUGGCACGGGGCUGUACUGGCGCCAAGUCAGCAAUGCCUACGGCGACAUGCGCUACACCUGCCCGGGCUUCUACGUGACUUCGCAGCUCGCCCGCGCCACCAACGGCCACUCGUGGAACUACCUCUGGAACGUGCAGGACCCCGACCAGAUGGCCCAGGGCCUCGGUGUCCCGCACACCAUCGAGGUCAACGCCAUUUGGGGUCCUGAGAACACCAACGGCGGCUCCCCCACGAGUUACUAUCCCGGCGGCGUCAAUUCCGGCAUGGUGCCCAUCAUCCAGGCGUAUUGGACCAGCUUUAUCAGGUGCUACGAUCCGAAUGAGUACAGGCUGCCCGGAUCCCCGAGAUGGGAAGCGUGGCAGCCGAGCUUUUCGACGGGUUUCAAUCGGUUGGUGUACGAGACGAAUGGUACGAGGAUGGAGAAUGUAGAUUCGGCGACCAAGGGCCGGUGUGGCUACUUGACGAGCAUUGGGGUGGCGCUCAAGCAAUAG